GCCUUGAGUUGAUCGCCCCAUUAAAACUUAAAACUCAGGCGUGAGGAGCUCGUGUUUUGUUAGGUUUAGGUUAGUUCCAUUUUUCACCAGGAGGCAGGAUUAGAUUAAUUUGUUACCUAUGUCUGACACUAGACACUUUCCGAACCGUAUAACUGUUUAUCUCGGACAUUUAAGUUAGCCUGUUGUACAAGUUAUAAUGAUUGUUAUUUGAUCACAUUAUUGAUGUUUAUAUUUUAAGUUAUCAAUUGCGAAUUCAAACUGUCACUUAAAAAAACUGUAUUUAACUUGGAAUUGAAGCCCUAGGCCACGAUUUCUCACAAUAUUGACAUUAAAAAGCCAAAUAUGACAUUUUAUUAUGCCUUAAUUAUUGUGUUUUUAAACUGUUUAGGCCUAUUGAAUACAAGUGAAAUAGUUGUGUUUGAUAAAAACAAAAAUAACGAAAAUAAUCCCUACAUUGUUCCACCUAAACCAGGAUGGGUUGAUCCCUUUGAUAUGCUUGGAGAUUACAGGAAUGCUGAUGAUUUAUUUACUCUAAAUGAUGUACAAAUCAACCAACUGAAGUUUCGUGAAGCAUUGUGUAACAGGCAUAUGUUGAAGUUUGUAAACUUACUAAGAAUAGCAAUUGAAUCACAGAAUCCAAUUGACUCAGUAAACUUGGUAAAACUAGAAUUUCUGAUCACUGAAAACCAGUUGAACAUACUUAGAGAGUUUGGUAAGGGAGGAAAUGAUGGUCCAAGAUUAGAAACUGUUUCUGAUGUACUAAAUCAAGUAUUUACUCAGACUGAUUAUGGUGGAAGCUCAAAAAAUACGUUUAACCAUAAACUAUUGGAGUGGUUACAGAAUGCUGUUUUGAAAAUUUUAAAUUCUCCAGAGUGGAUGGUUGUUGUCAGUGUAUCUGUCAUGCUUCUUGGUACCCUAUGGUUUUUUUACAAAACUCACUCGUAUCAUCAGGCUCUGUUUUCAGUCUUCUUGACAAUAUUUUUUGCUGGUUUUGGAUUCACGUGGAUACGAAUGUAUGAGGAAAAAGAAACAGAGAGAUUUCAUGACAGUGUAAUAUAUGGUAAUGCACCUUAUCAUUGUACUGGAAAGAAAAUGUUCUGGUAUGAACAUGUGUACUACAGGAUGUUUGGAGUUAAUUGCCUUCAGUUCUACAAGACAAGAAAUGUUCGUCCUAUAGUAAAAAUAUCUCCUACGGAUGUUUUAGCAGAAACAUUAUCGGUAAUGUUUAUUAAUCCAGCUACUAACAUUGGAAAAUCAUAUGGGAGUUUUAUCUACAGUGUAUCCUCUGCUGUACCAUUGUGGCUUCAACCAAUUGCAGUAGUUUUUGCCUGCAUCAUACCACUAGGAGUUUUCUUCAUACUACUUGCAUUUUACUUCCGUUACCGCAUCAGUUUCUCGAUCACAGGAUUUCAUUUCAUCCCAAGUUGGUGUCAGAAGAGUAAUGAAGUUACUUGUAAGCAGGGUUCUCAGUACGUCGAAGAUAUCUCACACAAGGAAGAUGAGAGAUACCAGAAACACAGUAAUCCUCAAACUCUGUUGUCAGACAACACAACGCCUCUGUUCUUGGUGAAUUGGCUUGGUUUGAAGAAGCUCAUGACAGAUGUCAAAGUGACAGAUGAGAAUGAAGUUAAGUCGUUGACUGAAACAGAAAAUCAGAAAAAUACUAGCAGUGAUGAUGCUAAAAGCAAAGAUGUUGAAGAUGAAGAGUUGGUAGGUAUUUUGACAUCUGCUCAAAAACCAAUCUGCAAAAUACGGUCUAGAGGUAUUUUGACCAUUGGAGAAAACAGUUCUAGUGUGACAAAAGAAAAUGAUGAAUUAGUUGAUCCAGCUAAUAGUCAAUCUUCAGGAGAUCAUAGUGGAUCUGUGUCUAUUUGCAAUAAAAAAAUACAAUCUAAAGAAAAAAAGACGUAAUUUUAUUGUGUCUGUGAAGUAUGUUACAGUUAAAGCCUUUUAUAUUGUACUUAUAACCUUGAAAACAUUUUUCUGGUGCAUAUGCUGGAAGUAUACCAUUAAAAUUAUUAAUUCUUGUAGAAUAACAUUUGUAAACAGUAGUUGAUACCUGUGUCAUUGCAAAAGUUUCAUUUAGACAUUAAAACGUACAUAUUUUACAAUAAUUACCAAUUUUUAACAUUUUAGUUUAACAUGAGUUAUUGAUUUCCCAUGCUUUUGUUAUUGAUUUUGUACUUAUAUUUUAAUUGUAUUAUUAGAUUUGUAAAUAUAUUAAAAUUUUAAUCUAAA